UCGUUUCCUUGCGCUUUUGAAAGACGUACAUACGUGAGGAACUUCGCUUAGCUUACGAAGUAGUUGGGGGUUGACCGUUGGCAUAUCCGGCGAUGGCGGGAGAAGGGGAGCAUAGUCUGCCUGCCUCCGGCCUUCAUCGCGACGGCGACGGCGGCGGCAGCGGCAGCGGCAGCGGCAGCGGCAGCGGCAGCGGCGGGUCGAGGAAUGAAGGACGGGGGGGACCGAGAAGUGCGGAGGGAAAGGGAAAGGAGGAGCUUGAGGCCGGAGUUGGCGGCGCAGGCUUGGGCGGGCUUGUGGGGAACGAGCAGGCAGCGAUCAGUAGGGAACGAAAAGUUGAUGAAGACAAACUGUGCUUACCUCCCGCCAACGAGGACGCGGAUUGGAAUGAUGACGACGACGAUGAUGAUGAGGAUGAUGUCGAGGAAGAGGAAGAGGAGAGCGAUUAUGAGGAUUUCGCGCAGAGAGUAGCAAGCAGUAUGUAUGAGGCCAUUUCUGACGAUCAACCCGGCAACGACGACGGAGUUGGGCAAUUCUCGGAUCUCGACGAAGGGGAAGUAAGGAUGAGAAGAGGGAGUGACACAGCUAUGGAUCAGGUCACGACGGCGAUGUCCAGUACCAUUGCUGCUAUGGAGGAAAUGUGGAGUAGCGGACGGUACGUUGUUGGACAAGCGGGAGGAGGAAGAGAAGGAGGUGGUCGGACGGAGAUGUGCAAUGGCCAUACACGGGAUAGGGUUGCGACGCCAUCAGCUGAUGAUCAGAUGGCGGCGGAGGCAAAUGGGUAUUCGGCGGCUUUCCAGGCUGAGAUGGCAGGGGUAAUUAGCGAAAUAGGCCAGGUAUACUUGAAUGGGGUUCCAAUCAAUAGCGCCGAGCUGUUGCAGGGGUACAGUAUGGCCCAUCUAAGAGAAAAUGGGGUAGCGAAUGGGGUGGGGGUGAGAGAGACGGAGGGGGAAACGGAGGUGGUGGACACCUGGGACACACAGGAUGAUGACGAAGAAGAACAGGAGAGGAAGAGGGAGCAGCAAGAACUUGCCAUGGAGGCAGCGAUGGCGGAGGAUCUGCGCCGCCGCUCGGAACCCAUUCCCUUGGCGCGCAGGGCAGCGAUCAUGGAUGCCAUGCGGAAUGUUAAUUUUGGCGGCGUUGUGCCUGAUUGGGCCCAGAGAGUGCCCGAGGUAGAAUGGAUGGGGAUGUUGAGGAGUAGAAUGGCGGCACCCAGAGAAGUGCGCAGCAAUCCUGGCGAAGCGGUUGAACCUUGGCGCGUGUUUUCCCCUCAGCGCGAAGUGGGAAGAAGAUGAGGAGGUGCGCUGAGCUGUCCUUUUCAAUGCGCUGAUUUCAGGAGGUGAUGGGAGCUUCACGACUUCUACCUGUGGAGAGAGAAUGGCCUUGAUGUAGGUAGUGUGGGUUUAUCCCCCUGUGUGAUUUUUCAGAGAGGGGGUUGAUGAAAGAAAGGAAGGGGAGGUGAGAUUGCGAGAGGCAAGGCCAGUGAGGGUGUGAGUCUGUGACUCGGUGCGAGUAUGCGAGUGACAUGGAGAGAGAGCUCGUAUUGGCCGUACAAUGAACUUCUUUUUAGUAU